UGAGAAUGGCAGUCGAAUUGCGCUCACUUCAGGCCACUGAACUCGGUCGAAGCAUUUACCACACGCGCAUGCGCUUUCUCUUUUUUUCUGUCGUUCUGAAUGAAUUUUCUAUUGUUUUUCUUUGUUUUCCUUGUUUAUGGAAAAUACAAACGCGUUUCUCCUCCAAGCGAAGCGGAGAAACGGCGGCGAAAAUUGCAUAUAUGUACGGAGAGACGCAAAAAGAACGAAUCCGUUUUGCCGCCAUUUUGUCCGUUUUGACACACUGGCGUCUGCCAGGACGAUUUCACGGACGAUUCUCAUGUCACGACAGCGUAGUUUGACGUAGCAGAGGGAAUUCGAAGACGCGCAACUCCGCGGCGUGACCUGGGGACUCGUCUGCAUCGGGUGAGCAUCGCUCGCGGUCAUCACGUUUUACGAAUUUCAUCGUUUCCGGACGAUUCCGUUGGGCGGGAUUUUGAAAUUGCGAUUUAACACGAUGGCGGACGCGGACGCUAGAAACGCCGAAACGCAUCGGUGAUCUCGAUAUUUUCGAUUCCUCGCUUGUCCUCGUCGUCUCGCUCGCCCGCCUUAUCGCAGCGUUUGCGCGGCGUGGAAACGUUCCGCAUAGCGGGAAACGCGAGUCAGCACUGUUUCGGGGAGCGAAGACUCGUGUUGGCGUUUCGCGAUUUCGUCGACGGCUUCGCGCGGGAAAGGUUGGAACGCGAGUGCGGAUGCGCGUUUCGACGGUGCCGCGACGGAAGAGGGUAAGAUAAAUCCGUCCACAUCUCUCAGCGAGCUGCCGAAUGAGCUGCGACCCACGUCGUUGACAGCAAUAGAUUGGCCGGGUCGAUCGGCAAUGUUGUUGGUGAGCUAACCUCAAAACGCAGCACGAGAGAUAAAACGUUAACAGCCUUCACGGAGAACCGUCCGGAUGGCUAGCGCCUCCCAGGCGAGGGGGGACGCCCCUGGCGAGGCCGACGUAGAAGGUGAUGCGCGGGACACCGGGUACGACACGGACGAGGAAGGCGGUUUAAGGGUGGACGACAUAUACAUCCCGCCACCCUUGAAGAAUUUCAAUGAGCUUGACUCUACCGGGUCGAGGCUGAUGAUCACAAAGAUCGUGAAUCAUAAUUUCAAGAGCUACGCCGGCACGCACGUAAUCGGUCCCUUCCAGAAGAGCUUCUCAGCUAUUGUAGGCCCGAACGGCAGUGGCAAGAGUAAUGUUAUAGACUCUAUGCUGUUUGUAUUUGGUUAUCGUGCCAGUAAGAUCAGAUCGAAGAAGAUCUCUGUUCUAAUUCAUAACUCGAGCGAAUAUCCAAACUUAAACAGCUGCACCGUUUCUGUACAUUUCCAAAGAAUUAUAGAUAAGCCUGGUGAAGAUUAUGAAGUUGCUGUAGACAGUGAGUUUGUAAUUUCUAGAACAGCAUUUAAGGACAGCUCAUCAUAUUACGAGCUCAAUAAGAGAAAAGUGCAAUUCAAAGAGAUUAGCAAACUCUUGAAGUUUCAUGGAGUCGAUUUGGAUCACAAUCGAUUCUUAAUAUUGCAGGGUGAAGUAGAACAAAUUGCACUUAUGAAACCCAAGGGUCAGAAUGAGAAUGAUACCGGAAUGUUGGAAUUUCUGGAAGAUAUUAUUGGCACAUCUCGGUAUAAGGAACCCUUAGAGAAAUUAUCGAAUAAGGUUGAAAUACUAGCAGAACGUAAAGUAGAGAAGCUACACCGCCUCAAGGUGGUACAAAAGGAGAAGGAGGCUCUAGAAGAGCCCAUGCAAGAGGCAGUGGAGUACUUAAAAACAGAGAAUGAAAUCAUCAGAUUGCAACAUCAGCUUUAUCACUGCAAAAGAUUUGUAGCAGUGAAGGAACUUGCGGAAUAUGAAACAACAAACGAUAAACUUGACAAGGAACAAGCUGCAUUAAACGACGAAAUGAAUAAUGUUCACACACAAAAAGAAGAAAAAACCAAGAUUAUCAAAGAGAAAAGCAAGAAGUGGGACGCUUUACAACAGAAAAAGGACGAAGCUACUGCAAGAUUUGAUGAAGUGCGUAAACAAGAUGAGUUGCUGCACGCUGAAUUAGUCGAGACAAAUAAGCGACGGAAAGCCAACAUAGCGUCUACCAAAACGGAGAAGAACAAGCUGGAGGACCUACUAAAAAUACCAGAGAAAAAUAUGAAAGAAAUCAAAGAAUGCGAACAUCUAAUUGAGACGCAUACGAUCAACAAAGAAAAGGAAGAGGCUUCGUUAACGACUUUGAUGGCGAAUCUACGAGAAAAAACAGAGCCAUUGCUGAACGAGCGAUCUGAACUAGAGAAAGAGCUAAUAUCUCUUAGAAAAAACGUGGAUCAGGCGAAAGCGGCAUACGAUAUCGCACAGUCCGAGCUGGAACUUUACACAUCGGAGGAAAAGGUUGAGAAGGAGAAACUGGAAAAUCUCCGAGAAUCUCUAGAAAGGACUGCGACUACGCUCAAGGAGCGACAGAAACAGCUGACAUUGUUUGAGACACAGAUUCCAACAACUGAGCGCAGUUUGAAGCAGGCGCAGGGUGAACUGAAUGAGGCGAAGUCACUCGAGAUAGAAAAAACUACUCAGUUGAAAAAGAUGCGAAUCACUUUUGAGGAACAGCGUUCUGCCAUGCAGCAAUCUAAGUCACGGAAUCGUGUUCUGGACUCUUUGAUGAGAGAGAAGCGUGAGGGUCGAUUACCAGGAAUAUUUGGAAGAUUGGGCGACUUGGGUGCUAUUGAUGCCAAAUACGAUGUUGCUGUAUCGACGGCAUGCGGCCCUUUAGAUGACAUCGUUGUAGACACAGUAGCCACCGCGCAGGCGUGCAUCACCUUUCUCAGACAACAUGACAUAGGACGCGCCACAUUUAUACCUCUGGAGAAACAGCAGCGAUUCCAGGCCAAGAUCAACAAGAAAAUUCAAACGCCAGAAAAUGUGCAUCGAUUGUUCGAUUUAAUUAGAGUGGAGGAUGAGAGGAUAUUGGUGGCGUUCUACUAUGGUCUGCAGGACACUCUCGUGGCGCAGGAUUUAGAUCAAGCCACACGCAUUGCUUAUGGUAGAAUGCGUUAUCGCGUGGUGACACUGAAGGGCGAACUGAUCGAACUGUCGGGCACGAUGAGCGGUGGUGGGCGCACGGUAUUGCGAGGUCGAAUGGGUCAGAAAGUGAUCAGAAAUGAACCGUCGAACGCUGAUAUUGAAAAGUUGCAAUUGCAGCUGGAUACUGUGUUUGAAGAGUGCAAUAGGUUGAGAGCUAAACAAAAGCCACUGGAAGAACAGAUUCACGUGUUGUCAACUUCCUUAAAGGAUAUGAAAGUCGACAGACAGAAAUUCGGUAUUGAGGUACAGGCGCUGAAUGAGCAGGAACCAUUAUUGCGAUCACAACUAAAAGAGCAGGAAAAGAUUGCCGCCAAUUCGGUGUCAGAUCCAAAGAAGGUCGCGCAACUACAGAAAACUGUAAAUGCAGCGAAAUUGCAUCUGAAUAAGGUCGAAGAGAGCUCCGCUUCGGUAGAAAAAGAGAGGGAGCGUAUCAACAAGAAGAUAGAUGAGAUCUCUGGCAGUCGGGUGCGAGAUCAGCAGGCGAAAAUUGCGCAGCUGACUAAAUCGGUGGACAAAACCAAAGCAGAGAUAUAUCGUCUGCAGGUGGCUAUCAAGACUGCCGAGAGAAACGUUAAAAAGACAGAGAAGCACAUAGAAACUCUGGAAAAUGAUGUGCACACCUGUGAGGAAAGACUGAGAGACAUUCAGAAGGAAAAAUUGGAGCUCGAGGAGCAUGCUAAAGUAAUUCUGGAUGAAUUAAAGGAAAUUAAUGAGGCGCUUCUAGAGCGGGACGACUCUACAUCGUCUUUGAAAGACGAAAUAAAUGAACUGCAGACGCGCGAAAAUAAAUUGAAAGCGAUGAAGAUUGAUUUGGAUCAGAAAUUACAAGAGACUAAGAAAUUUUUAAAGGGAUUACAGCAGAUAAUUCCCGAGUAUGAUCGGAAAAUAGCGAAUCUAAAAUUACGUGACGUUCCUCAUGAGAAUGUAGAGUCGCUUAAGGAGAUAACGGAAGAGGAGAUCGAUCAAAUGGACAUGAAUAUAGUGACGCAGAAUUUGCAGAAGAUCAAGAAGAGGUUACCUGAACAGAUACCCAACAUGCAAAUCAUCGCGGACUACCAGGAGAAAGAUGCGUUGUUCAUGACUCGUGCCGCUGACCUAGAAGAGACAACGUCGGCAUGCGACAAGAUGCGCAAAAUUUACGAGAGCGCCCGACGACGCAGGAUCCAGGAAUUCCUACAUGGUUUCAGUCUGAUCAAUACCAAAUUAAAAGAGAUGUACCAAAUGAUCACGCUGGGCGGUGACGCGGAUCUGGAGCUGGUGGAUUCGUUGGAUCCGUUGAGCGAGGGUAUUGUAUUCAGCGUGCGACCGCCCAAGAAGUCGUGGAAGAGCAUCGAUAAACUUAGUGGCGGCGAGAAGACCCUUAGCUCGUUGGCGUUGAUCUUUGCCCUUCAUCAUUACAAACCCACGCCGCUGUACUUUAUGGACGAAAUUGAUGCGGCGCUCGACUUCAAGAACGUCUCCAUCGUUGGUAACUAUAUCAAAGAACGCACAAAAAAUGCACAGUUCAUCGUCAUCUCGCUACGCUCGAAUAUGUUCGAGCUGGCCGAUUCUCUGGUGGGCAUCUACAAGACUUUUAACUGUUCCAAAAGUUUAAGCCUCCAACUGGCCCGUUACUACGAAAACAAUGAUAUCGCGCCGCCCACGCAACUUACCUCCAAGACCUACGCAUCCCAAGCUUCGCAGAAAUCACGGUUGCCGUUGUCGCAACGCACUCAGACGAACUCACGCAAAGAGAACACCGCGCCCGCGAAAGACAAUAACACACAGAACACCGCGCCCGCGAAAGACAAUAACACAGAGAACACCGCGCCCGCAAAAGACAAUAACACAGAGAAUACCGUGCCCACGAAAAACAAUAACACAGAGAACACCGUGCCCACGAAAAACAAUAAUGCGAAGAACAUAACACCCACAAAGAAUAAUAAUGCAAAAGAAACGUUGUUGAAUGGGGAAGAGACAUCACCCGUAAAGAACAAUAACGCAAAGGAAAUUUCGUCUGAGGAAACAGAGGCAGAUAACACGAAAAACAAUAAUACAAAAAAGACGCCGAACGCGAAAAGAUUGAAAGUCGAUCAAAUAGGACUUCCGGAACUUGCAGUAUGUUCAACGCCGCAGCCAACUCGGCGUUCCGCCAGAAUAGUGAGGAAAAGCGUGGACUCUGAAGAAAACAAUGUUAACAAGGAACCAGCUAGAAAAAAGCAAAAAUCAAAGUGACUGAGUGAUGUUGUGCUUUCAGAAUCAGAAGAUGACAUGUACAAAACAAUUGUGCGAAAUUCGAUGCAAUUUCAAAAAUUAUAUAAACUUUUGCCUCACACAGCAAUAUAGCUGCAAUGAGGAAUCUGGAAUUUUAAGAAUAAUCUCAGUACCUACAUAUCCUAGGCUGUGUGUGGAAUCUGUUUAAUGCUACAAAUGUUUCGAAGCAUUUGUAGUAUUAAGGAGACCUCAACCCUAAUCGAUCAACUUUUAGUCGCUUAUCUUCUUUGCAGUACUUUUUUUAUGCUUAUCUUCUCAUUUGGAGUUUUCUUCGCAUUAUCGUUUUCGGAUACUAGUAUACAUACGUGUACUGAAAUGCUAAUAUUAGUAAAUUAUAAUAAAUUUUUAUACUAGUGUUUGACAUCGAUAGAUAUCAUUGCUAUUAUGUUUCUGUAUAGUACUGAUUAUGUAGAUGCAACUUUUCUUUCGCAUCUCCUUAGCCAUUUAAUAUUGGAUUAAUGGACUAAUCCAUGAACUAAUCCGUGGACUCAAUAAUGGACUUCCCUGUAACUAUUACACGUAUUAUUUUUUGAAAGAGGGAAGGGAGUAACGUACUUCUAUGCAGAAAUUGUAAUGACAUUACAAAUAAUGGCAUAUUGUAUUUGUAAAUUUAACUUUAAUAUUAUACACGCGAAUUCUCAGUUUUCUUAAUCAAGAUUUUUACAUAAAUGUAAGAUAUUGGGAAUGACGCUUAUGUCAGAGUAAAAUAAAAUGACAACAGAUAAAAGAAUCUGCUCCUUUUAUCUGUGCUUUCUGUAUUUUCUUAUGUUCUACUCUUAAUGCCCAAAUAUGUAUAUGUAUUUCAUGAAUAAGACAGUGCAACUUAUUGAUUAGUUCAGCUAAGAGGAGCGGAAUUGUAAUUAGUGCAAAAUACCGCAAUAUUUUUAUACAUUUGUACAUGUCGUAAGAGACUUAAGACAUUAAAAUAUGAUUACUAUUUAAGCAAGAA